AUGGGACUCCAGCGCCCCCUGCAGGAACAGACGGGGGACGACACUCAGGCUUCAUCUGUUAAUAUUUACAGUCUCUGGUAACUCCUCUGAAAAGUAUCUUUCACCUCCUCGACGUCAGGUAGAUCAAAUUUAAAGUUUUCUCAAAGCGCCAUCCCGAUUUAACGACCUCUUCAUCGUCCGUGUUUUUACUUUUCAAAAUAAUCUCGCUGGAACAUUUCUUGAAAAACAUUCACCCGCUGCAUCAGGUUUGUGAUCUUAUUUCUGCCACCAAUAAAACUGAAGCUCUUCUUCUUCUUCUUCUUCUUCUCUGGUUACUGGGAGGUCAGACGGGGUCAGCAGCCGACUCCUGCAAGUUCAACCUGCAAGGUCAACGGUCGACAGAGACACGUGUAUAUGUGUGUGUGUGUGAGUGUGUGUGUGUCUAUAUUAGGAGGCAGAUGAAGCUCCUGAUGUCCAAACAGGAAGCUCAUCUUUAAUCUUCUUCUGCUGCUGCCAGUGGUGUGAGCGCUGACAUGGAGCUGCAGAGGUCGCUCAGCUGUGACGACGACGAGAUGGUGGCGGACUAUGAGUCGUCUGUCACUCAGGAGAAAAAAGACUCUGCUCGUCCAGUCAGCGUAAAGACGGAUAAAUCCGGUCGUCUUCUGCUCGAGACUCCUGCUGACCUUCAAAAUCUUCUUCUUCUGAGGAAAACUAAGAAAGAGCAGAAAGCAGCUGUGAGGAAAUCUGCAGCGCCCCCUGCUGCCCCGGUGGUGCCGUAUUAUGUGGACGAGGAGGAUUUCUUUAAAGCCUGCGAUCAGAAUCAGCUGCUGUUGAUUGACAGGUACCUGGAGACAGGCGGAGACGUCAACGCCCGGGACUCGUUUGAACAUACAGGCCUGCACAGAGCGUCCUCUAAAGGUCACACAGAGGUCAUCACUAAGCUGAUUGAAGCCGGAGUGAACGUCCACCUGAGAGACAAGUUGUGGUUGUGUGCAGCUCAGGUCCACGUGUCUUCACUGCGUCUGUCGAGGAGGAAACGUGAGCGCGCUCAAACUGCUGCUGAACCACGGAGCGGACAUCACAGCGAAGGACAAGCUGGACAGCACUCCUCUUCAUGUCUCUGUGAGGACCGGACAUCAAGACUGUGUCGAACAUCUGAUUCACUGCGGAGCCGAAGUCAACACACAGGACAAA